GGUUGAGUCGUGUGAGAAGAAAAAAAUAAGUUUUAUUCUUAGCUGAGAAAUUACAAAGUUUGUGAAAUAAAACAAAUUAAGUGAAAAGUUUAAGCUGAAAUUUAAUUUUUGAAAAUUAAUUUGAACGUAAAUUUGCAAUUUUUUAAUGAAAUUAAAUUUCAAGAUCAUCGCAAUGGUCGAUUAGACUGCGAAAUCUGCAUUUUUAUAGGUCAAUAAUCUUAAAGAGACCGAAAACUUGGACAAAAAUUGUUUAAAUUAGAUUUAAAAAAAUUGCAAAUUAGACAAUUUAUAUGCAAAACUGCAAAAAAGAUUCAAAAAAUUUAAAAAAAAAACUUACCAAAGAAAAAUAUAAUAAAAUGAACGGAAACGCAUCUCGCCCUGAAAAUGAAAAUUCAACAGAAGUCGAAGACUACAGCGAAGAGUUUCCAGACUUUAAAAAAGUUGUACAAAAGAAAGUUUCAAGACUUUGCAGCCAGGAAGGACUUUAUAGACGAUUUCCAGUGUUAAAAUGGCUGCCAUCAUAUAAAACUGGAUAUAUCAUUGCUGAUUUUGUGGCUGGAUUGACUGUAGCAUUGACUGUGAUUCCUCAAGGUAUUGCUGAUGCUGCACUUGCUGGGUUAGAGCCUCAAUAUGGACUUUAUGCUGGUUUUAUGGGCUGUUUUGUCUAUUUCUUCUUUGGAAGCACAAAGGACCUCACAAUAGGACCAACAGCCAUUCUUUCAAUCCUCACAUUCACAAUUGUCGCCAAACUUAAUGCUGACCUUGCAGUCUUUUCAACAUUCAUCAGUGGCAGCAUAAUUUUAGGCCUCGGGAUCCUAAACCUAGGAUUUCUCAUGCAGUUCCUGUCAGUUCCAACAAUCACAGCUUUUAUGAAUGCAGCAACUGUAACGAUUGCUAGUGGACAGAUCAGGAGAUUAUUGGGAAUCAGCAGUGGCAAGACAAACCAGUUUGUUGAUGCUUGGGUGAAUCUGUUCACUUACAUUGAGGAAACGAGGUGGCAGGACACUUUGCUUGGUGUUGUGUCGCUGGUAUUAUUGAUUGCAGCUAAGAAGUGGAGCAUGAGAAACAAGAAGUCACUUGGAAUAAGGUACCUGUCCAUAUCCCGCAACGCAAUCAUAGUCUUUGGUGGAAUCCUUAUCGCCUACAUCUGCCAUAAAUUCUACAGCUUCCAGCCAUUCCUAAUUACAGGAGAAAUCGCAUCAGGCUUUCCAUCAUUAAGCCUUCCACCGCUAUCAACGACCAAUAAUGGCACAUAUUACAACUUCUCAGACAUGCUCUCAACCUUGGGUCUGUCGACAUUUUCACUUCCACUCAUUUCCGUUAUUGAAGCUGUUGCCAUUGCUAAAUCAUUUAACAGAGGCAAGUCUUUAGAUGUGACGCAAGAGAUGAUUGCUUUGGGAUUGUGCAACAUUUUCUCAUCAUUCGUUCGGUCAAUUCCAAUUACUGGUUCCUUUACAAGAUCAGCAGUCAAUAAUGCCAGUGGUGUUAAGACACAAUUUGGUGGAAUCUACACAGGAGCUGUUGUUCUGCUGUCUUUGGGACUUUUGACAAGAACUUUCGAGUACAUCCCAAAGACAUCACUUGCUGCUGUUAUUAUAGCUGCAAUGUUUACAAUGAUGAACUUUGGGGAAGUGAUGACCAUCUGGAGGACCAAAAAGAUCGACUUGGUGCCAUUUAUGGGGACAUUCAUCAUCAGUUUGUUAUUUGGAUUGGAUAUGGGUAUCCUGGUUGGAGCUGGCAUUGAUAUUCUCAUGAGUGUUUACAGGACAUCACGUCCACACAUCACAUACAUUGUCGACGACAUGUUCUUGAUUAUUAAGCCACGGCAAAAUGUCAUUUACUCAUCCGCUGAAUACGUCAAGGAAAAAAUUAUCAAAAAAAUUAAUGAAAAUGAUCACUUAAAGUAUGUUGUAAUUGACGGACAUAACAUGUGCUGGACUGACUUGACAACAAUCAAGAAUUUUGCGACAGUAGUUGAUGACUGCAAUUUGGUCGAGAGGACUGUCUACUUUUGGAAUUGGGUUGAUGAAAUGAGAAAUGGAAUAUUGAGGUACGAUCCAAAGUACAAGAGUGUGUUUAAGUAUUCUGAGAGUUUGAAGGAACUGACUGAGAUGUUGAGGCAGGAAGAUGAGAAAUUUAUUACUAAUUUAUAAGGAAAAAUGCUGAAAAAUUUGAAAUAAAAAUUAUUUUUACUCGAAAAAUUUUAA